AUGGCUCUGUCUAUACCCAUUAAUCCCAGCCAUAAUGGAAGGAUUUUCUCAGAAAGCAUCCAGAUGAGCCCCUCAACAAUAUCCUCCUAUUUCCCAAACUUCAUACCCCCCAACCAUUAUCUCAGCAUCCUAUCCAACCCCCACGAAAUGUUUAAUCCUUUAAAAUCACUGGGAAGACUAGUCACCAAAUCUGCUCCUAUGGGACCCAUUGCCUUCAGAGACCUCCCUGGCCCACUCAGUCACAGUCCCAUGAGGGAUCCCCUUUUUAACCCCUUCCCAACUACCUACCCGAUCUUCAGCAAAGUUCAGCAUCCUGGGCCCUACUCAAAACCAGACUCUCCUCACCAUGAGAGUGAUCUGAGUCCAGCCCUCCAUCCCAGCAUUACUGAAUGCCCCAAGUCAUCUCAUGUGGCCAAAAAGUGCAAAAACAUGGCCUUCAGGGGACCAAGCAUGGAAGUGAAGCCCAUUCACACCUACCAUUUCUCCGAAGAGGACCUUCACAUGGUGCUUUAUGGAUACACCCAUGGACCAGAUGCCAAGAGCAGCCACCACACUGUCAACCACUCCAUAUCUGGCUUGAGGGUCCCCUCUCUCAUCACAGGUAAUGUGAAUAGACCUUCAGAAGAUCACAUACACAGACUGGUCAUUAAAAUUCUCCAUCAAAUACUCAACUGAUUUCAUUUCAGUCAUUCAUUGUUAAUUUUAUUUUGAAUGAUUUGGUUUCUUUUGUAUCUAGGUAUAUUUCCUAUUAUUUGGGGAUAUAAUAUAUCUACAUAGAUAUACACGUGUAUUAAAAAUGUAUACAUGCAACGUGACAUAAUAGGAACUCUAGUAUAAUAGGAAUUCUAUAUUUUGGGGAAAAUAUAAUGUUAAUGUUCCUAUUAUGUCAAGUUACAUAAUAUCAUUUAAUUCCAUUGUAUUUUGACAAAUUUCUAUCAUGUUGGCACCUUUUAAAUACAUCUCAGAGUUUUUACUAAAUUGUAAGGAAACUGGCCUGGGAUCUAUACAUUGUAGGCCAAAAUAGCCCAAUUUUGAAAUAUUAUUUAUUGAAUUUCUGGGAAUUCAAAAAGUGUUUUGCAAAUUAAAAUUAUUAUUGCAAUAUGAUAGUACCAAAUGAACACAGGAUUCAUUAUUUAAACAAUAAAUAUACAAUUAAUAAUGAUAUAUAUAUAUUCCUAUUUUAGGUCUGGAUUCCCAGAUACAGGACAGAGACUCUCUGCAGUUACCGGAAGGUAAGUAGGAUUUAAUAAAUAUUUAAAAUGAUGGUCAGUAUUUCUAAUAUACAUUAUUCUGAUCUAAUGAUAAUAUUUUAUUACCAGGUCUGUCUCUCCUGAAAACACUACAUGGCGAUUUGCCAAAAUCAGGAGUAUUUAGCACAAAUAUUAUCCCAAAAGGGGUCAAAUUCGGACCUUUUCAAGGAAAAACUGUGAACACAAGCGAAAUCAAAACGUACGAUGACAAUUCGGUCAUGUGGGAGGUGAGUAAAUUCGAAUAAAAAAAAAAACAAAACAAAAAAAACACUAACUAACCAAAAGUACAAAAUAAUCAUAUAAUAUAUGCAACCUAAAUCAUUUUUUUUAGUAAAUAGUAGAUUCAUACAAGGAUAGAAACAUUGUCACAUACAUUCUGAAACAGGUGCCUGUGUGCAAAAUAGAUUGUGCAGAUGAAAUCAUUUAUACAGCUUAGAUUAAUGUGUACAUUUCGUUAUGUACGUACACCUCCCGUUUGGUAAGACAGGAAGAGCGAGAAAUUGGGAAACAAAGACAAAACCAAAAAAAGUUCUAAAUAUUUUUUUCUCCCCAGAUCUUUGAAAAUGGCCGGCUAAGUCACUUUAUAGAUGGCAAGGGAGCAUCAGGUAACUGGAUGGCUCUAGUAAACUGUGCGAGGUUCCCAGAGGAGCAGAAUCUCAUCGCCAUUCAAUCUGUUGGCGAGAUUUACUAUGAGACCUGCAAAGAGAUCCUCCCCAGACAGGAGCUGCUGGUAUGGUAUGGUGACUGCUAUCUGCAAUUCCUGGGGAUCCCUGUCAGUCUGAAGGGGGUGGAUGAUGGAAGACCCCCAUAUCCUCUCACUGAAGGUAUAACAUCAGAUAUAUUGUUAUAUACAUAGUUUGUGGUAUAUUAUUAUUAUUAUUAUUAAUAAUAACAUCAGCUAUAUUGUUAUAUAUAUAGUUUGUAGUAUAUUAUUAUUAUUAUUAAUAAUAAUAAUAAUAACAUCAGAUAUAUUGUUAUACAUAUAGUUUGUGGUAUAUUAUUAUUAUCAUUAAUAAUAAUAAUAACAUCAGAUAUAUUGUUAUACAUAUAGUUUGUGGUAUAUUAUUAUUAUUAUUAUUAUUAAUAAUAAUAAUAAUAAUAACAUCAGAUAUAUUGUUAUACAUAUAGUUGGAGGUAUAUUAAUAAUAAUAAUAAUAAUAAUAACAUCAGAUAUAUUGUUAUACAUAUAGUUGGAGGUAUAUUAAUAAUAAUAAUAAUAAUAAUAAUAACAUCAGAUAGAUUGUUACAGACAGGCUAAUCAUUAUAGGAAAUAAGCUGCCUAAUUCUUUUUCUGAACCAGCAAGCCAACUUGCUGUAGAAUAAUAUCCCUCUAUCUAUACAGAAAACUAACUGUAUGUGGAAGAAAACAAGAUUUUAGAUACAAUUCUAGAGAGAUAGGAUACAAUAAAUUAGCACCGGUUCAACGCUGGUUUAAUAAGAAUAAUACUGAGACAGCAAAGGUAAUAAAUCCAUGAAUCAUUCACAUGUUGGUGGAAAAUAAUUUAAUAUAGAUCCAGAGUAUUCCUCUGUUUUGUACAAUUAUUGUAGCUACAAACACAGAAUUUGUUAAAUAGUGAAUACAUAUUAUAUUAUAAAUAACACAUUACAUACACAUUAUAAAUAAACUAAAUGGUUAUGUACAAAAAUAACGAAGUGAACAUAAACGAAGAUUCUCAAAAUUUCUGUUCCAUAGACAUACGAAUAAAUAUUAAAGAUUGACGCUGAAAUAGCGUCACAGAAUGGUGCACUUUAUUAAUACAUACAGUGCAAUUGUAAAAUGGAACUUAAUACAAAAUAAUAAUAAAAACAUACAAAUAUAAAAUAAUAAAAAAACAGACCAAUCAUUGAAAGAGUCUCAUGCCGAAACGUUAGUAGAUUAUGGGUUUCUUUUCUUAGUAAUUGAAAGCUAGUUUUCUCAGAUGUUAGUGUUAUAACAUAGUUAGAAUGUAUUUUAUUUCUCUAAAGCACAUUGUGUCAGUAUUGAACCCACACGAUCACACUAUUGGCUCUUUAUACAAUGUCACAUCACUCUGGUGACAGUUAAUGUAACAGAUACAAUGUAUCGAGAUUCUGUUUAGUAAAUUGCUACAAAUACAAGUGGAAAGGCUACUUUAUUAACCAACACAAGUAUUUCGUUUCUCUAUGACUAAUUUUUAAGGUUAUGUAAAAUCUCAGUUAUUUUUAUUAAACCAGUUUAGGAUUUUUAUACUUACAAUUCGUUCUCAGGUAGAAUAAAACCUGUGAUUUGUGUUCAGUGCACUUUAUAAACAAUAGAUUUAUGUUUCUGUUUAUAAAGAUAAUUUUUAAAGCUCAUUUCGUUUGUGAUUGCAAUGUACACAACGUGUGAAGCUGUAUAAAUGCGAUCAAUGUGUGUAUGAGUGUAAAACUAAUGGUCUGGUAUUGGGUGUCUCUGCAGAACCUGGAGAUGGCUAUAAGUGUGAGAGAUGUGGCAAGGUCUUUGCCUAUAAAUACUACAGAGACAAGCACCUCAAAUAUACCCGAUGUGUGGAUCAGGGGGACAGGAAGUUUCCUUGCCAUCUCUGUAACAGAUCGUUUGAGAAAAGGGAUCGACUAAGGAUCCACAUUCUACACGUGCACGAGAAACACAGACCUCACAAGGUGAGUCACUGUUUAACCCCUUCAGAACAAGAGUGGGCUUUGCUCAGGCCUCCAGUCUCUUUAAAAAGGAAAAUAUACAGCUUUGUAGUGUGCAAAAUAUGCUGUCAUUUAUCAAACCAUUUCUUAAUUGAUUUUAAACUCAGUAAAAAGUUAGGCUCCACAGCACACAGAGAGAUUUAUCUAGGCAAAACAAUGAUAUUCUGUAUCAAAGAGUUAAAUAAUAACCAAUCACCAUGGUAACCAUACUAACCAGUACUAACCAUUUAGAACGUUGCAGGACCCAAACUAGAAUUUGAUACACCCCCCACCUCCCCCCAGAGUGUCACAGAGACUCACACACCAUUCACCCCAGCAGUGAGAGAGUUAAACCCAGUCAUAGGUUGUUGUCAUAAUCUAAGCUGCUUUUGGCUUGAGGCCCCUUAUUACGGAUUGAAAGGCUUGUAAACUGAAAUAGAUCCAAGUCUGACUCCAGGAGGCUCCCUCCCAUUGCACAUACUUACUCACUUCCAUUAUUUAACAGCUCAAUUGGCCGAGAUGAUUUCCUUGAGUGUUCUACACAGAUUUGGAGCUAAUGCAUCGUGUGUAAUAUUAGAGAUGUCUCAGAUCAAUGGGAGAAUCUCCUGGCUGUCAUAAUCCGGAUUGGGGAACUGACUGUACAAUAUACCACAGCCCUGCAGGCUCUGCUUCUAGGCACAAUCAGAGACUUUCCUAGUCACAACAAGAAAAGAACUAACACAUAUAACAUAGCAGAUGGGUUCAUUUACGGCUCAUUAUUUAUGUAAAAAGGUAUAAACAUAGCUUCUAGUUAAUUAACUACACAAUUCCUACAUUUUAUGCUAUUCACCAUACAAAGCCCAUUGAUAUUGCUAAAAAAAAAUGUUCAUUUUCAAAGGACAGCUGGAGGGUAAGAUUCAUCAACAAUAUUUAAUGUAAAUAUUUGGAAUCAUUUUUGAUACAUUUUUUUCAUAAAUGUAGCGCUGCCUCUUUAAAUGGUAGUAUUUCCUAAAUCACUGAGUAUUCUAUGGAAUGUGAUCUUACUGUUAUUUUUUGUGAGGUUAACUUAUAUUGGACAGAUACAUAUUACAAUGACUCUGUCUGACUCUGUAUUCAUGCCCUGUUUGAUCCUUAGAAAAUACACGAAUUAAGCUACUCCCUUAUAUCAGACCGUUUUCAGACCUCUUUUUUCGAUUAAAGCUAUUUUAAAUUUUUAGUAAAUAUCACCCUAAAACGUGCGUGCCAAAAAUCACAAAUCCCAUGAAGAAAGGUCCCCUGUCUGUUACAUGAGUAGUUCAGAUUAUUAUAUAUUUUUAGGGGGAACGAAAAAAUGAGAACACGUUGAAAACGAACCUCGAGACAUUUUUCGUUUAAAUUUGUAUUAUUAACACAUUUUCUAUAUGUACCGGUAUAUACAAACUAUAAACUUACUCCAUAUAGAAUAAUUAACACAACGGGUUUCAUCAAUGUAAUAAAAUCUACCAAAUUCCAAAUUGUAGAAAACUGGCAAAAUUUAGACAAAUUUAUGUGGUUUGGAGAAAUUCUACAAAUUAGCUGUAAUGACAUCUUUGCUACAUUUUCUAAGUCAGUUUUCACUUAAUGACAGUUUUCUGUUUAGAAAAGAACCCUGAUUGAAGUAUAUUUCAUUUUUUUAAAUAUUUAAAAUAUUCCUGUAAUCAAUGGCCCCUACCUGCAUAUACUCAGAAGUAUAUAUCUUUAUGGAUACACCCAUAAAGACUGGAGUGUUAAUUCGGUUCUGUAAUAAAGUUAAACCUAUGUGCAAAAUUGAGCCUGAAAUAAGAGUGUGAUUAAAGUGGUGUUGAGAUUUUUCCUGAGCAAAUAUUAUUAUUAUUUUAUUAAUUAUAUAGCGCCAGAAAAUUCCAUAGCGCUGUACAGUGUGUUGUUACCUAUGUUUUGCAAUUCGGAUUUGAAUUCGCUGCAAUUCUUGUUGAUAGGGAUAUUUACUAGAGUGAGAAUUUAAAGUGAAUUAAAAGUGAAUUUCCCAUUUAAGGCCAGAGUAGUCGAAUUGAAAGUUUAGCUGACUUAGACAAUUUUUCCAGUUUGACUUUUUUGAACUUACAUUUGAAAUUCACUUUGAAUUCACUUUAAAUUCUCACUUUAGUAAAUAAUAAUGAGAAUACCGUAUUUCACUGCAUAAUAGCCGCACCCUGGUUUUUCAGUCCAAAAAUUGGUUGAAAUCCAACCCAUCACAUAAUAGUUGCAUAAUUAACCAUUGCUGUUUCUGUUGUGAGAUAUUCUUAUUCUUGAAAACUCAUGGCAAACAUCCUACUGAUUUUCUACUAAAGAGAGGGUUUACUACCUAUCAGUUUAUUGGAUUUUAGCGUAUUUUCUCUAAGCAAUGCAUUAGGAAAUGGAAGGACAGGGAUCAGGAUCAGAGUUUACGUAAUGCGUUAGAAUAUAUGCUGUUAUGUUAUUAGCAACUAUAAUGUUAUCAGCAACUGUUAAAACCCCCCCAAAGCUUUGCACAUAUGAUAUCGCAAAAAAUAAAGCUUCACAUAAUGGUCACACACCGCAUAAUAGUCGCACCCCAUUUUUAAGAAAAGGAAUUAGGCCUAAAAUGUGCGACCAUUAUGCGGCGAAAUAUGGUAAUAAAGAAUUGAUUAGUCGCAUUGUGUCACAGUGUAAAAACCCCAAGAUUGUGUCCAGUUUUUACCCUAUUUUUUAUAUUGGGUUCGUUUACAUCAAGUGAAUUGUUAUUACAGCUCCCCAUAGUAAAGUAUCAUAAACGAUAAACCUAUCCUACUAUAGAACCCGGGGACUGCUCUUGAUCAACCCUUUGCAUUAUAAACUUGCAGGAUAAAUGUUUGAUACAUUUUCCAUCUAAAAAGUAUUGUGCUUCCAUCUGGUAUUUAAACCGUGUGUAGUAGUAUUUAUGUCACACUUCCAAUUUCUUUUCUUUCUUUUUUUAUCAGUGUUCUGUUUGUGGAAAGAGCUUUUCCCAGUCAUCCAGUCUGAACAAGCACAUGAGGGUCCACUCUGGGGAGAGACCGUACAAGUGUGUGUACUGCAACAAGGUAAGCCCCCUCCCCCCCACCUGCAAUCUGACAAUGUAUUCCUUGUUAUAUCCUGGGACUGCAGGUGACAUUCCCCAUGAUGCACUAUGUCGUGCUUUCCUUUCAUUAGUAAGUCCAGAAAAUAUAUAUAUAUAUAAAAUAAUAUAAAGGAAGGCAGCUUAGUGUUUAAAGCAGGGGUGCCCAAAAAGGAGAUCCCCAGAUGUUGUAGAACUACAACUCCCUUGAUGCUUUGCAUGCCUUUAGAAUGCCUUUACAAUGACAAAGCAUCAUGGAAGCUGUAGUUUUAAAACAUAUGAGGAUCUACGUUUGGGCACCCCGGAUUUAAAGGAAGGGCCCAUGUUGGUAGCUCCCUGCUAAAUCUGUAAUGUAGUAAACUGUUUACAUUCCCUGUACCCAUAUGCAUUUGCUAUAAAUAAAAUAUAUUAUAAUAUUGUAAAGUGCUACGGAAUAUGUUGGCGCUUCGUAAAUGCCAAUAAUAAUAAUAAUAACAUCGAUUUAUUCACUGAUAUGAAUUCAUCUUCUAAGUCUGACUUUAAUCUAAAUGUGGAAAGAAUUGUUGGCUAUUAUUCUGUAUUUAAAGUAAUAUUUGUGUGAAGUGGCACAGGUGUGGGGAUAAUGAAUGACAACAUAAUGUCACCCAACUCACUUUAAAUCUCUUUAUAUCAUGUUUUUACAAUCUUCUAACAUUAUACACUUUUCACUGUAGUACUUUUCCUGUCUUUACCUUUUUUUGCAUUGACAGGCUUAAGAUUGUAUUUUCCCCAGUAAAGCUGCUUUAAGAGGAACCCUUAACCCUUCCUUACCUAAGGCAGAGAAACACAUUGUGAGAGGCUCCUUUUAGCCACUGAGUGGUUAAUUUAUAUAGCUGAGUGCAUUGCUCUAUACUAAGUACUCUAUCACUGAAUGCUUAUAAUGAAAAUAUACAAAAGAUAAGAGAGUGGGAUAAUCCACAGUAAAGUGGAAUCACCCAACAUAGAUCUAAAUUGGUAAAUAGUCAACAAGGGUCUCUUUGAAAAGAAAAGGGAUGGUGCUAAUCUCUAAUUAUGCUCCUUAGAUCUUAUCAUUAAAUUACACUCAUUACAAGCUUCCAGGACAACAUUCAGCUAAAGGGCUUCUAAUUCUACAACUUGAAACAUGCAGUAUUUAUCAAAAUAUUGCUUUUCUUUCUCCCCCCCCCUUAUUCUCUCUCCCCCUACACCUCCCUCACCUUACAACUCAGUUUACCUGCAAUGUUUUAAAGUGAUAAAAAGCUGGGAAAAAUAAAGUCUUUGAACCCGUGUCAAGACCAUUGAAUAAACAAUCAGAUUUGGUACACAACCCCAUAAAGUAGUAAAAUGGGCAUUUAUUUGCUAAAUUGUGAAUAGGUGAACAUUGACAAGGGAAACAUCAACAUAGAUUAGCUUGAAAAAAAAAAUCACAAUUAUUUCUUUCCCCGCUCAACUAGUUUAGCAUUUGCAAUGUCUUUCAUAAAUUCAAUUUGCCCAUUAUUGAGUAAAGAAAUGACUUGCAAAUAUUAGGUAAAUAAAAAAUUAAAAUUGGAAAACAAUCUACAAAUCUGGAGUUGGUAAUUACACAAUAUUUUUUUGUAAUGCAUUUUGCAAGUUACCUGCCAGUAAAACACAACACACUGUUUAAAGGGAAGCUCUAUAUUUAUGGGAAAUUCUGUUAACAAAGUGCAUAUUCUUAAUGCAAAUAAUUAUUGCAAAAAAAAAGAAAAAAAAAAAGAAAAUGCUUUUAUUCAAAUGUGCACAAAUAUUUCCUAAGCUCUAAAACAGGCCUGCACAAUCUGCGGCCCCCCUGAUUUUUUGCACUACAAAUCCCAUGAUUCCCUGGCUAUCUGUUUAAUUUAAAAACAUUGUCGUUGGCUAUCUGUUUCAUUAAAUGAAUCAUGGGCAUUGGCUAUCUGUUUUAUUAAAUGAAUGAUGAGCGUUGGCUAUCUGUUUCAUUCAAAGGAUCAUGCGAGUAGUUCAAAAACAUCUGGGGGCCGCAGGUUGUCCAGGCCUGCUCUAAAAGUUACCUCUCUUAGCUGCAGGGGUGGUCUUCGGAAGACCCACCCUCUUUUUGCUCCGCACUUAUUUCCUUCUUUAAAGCUUCUCAUAGACAUGGUUGGUUUAUGGACAUUUAUACAUUUGUAUAUAUAAAAAAAAAAUAAAAAAAUUUAGGGUCUGUGUUAGUAACAGUGCUAUUUUAAGUAAUAAUUUUUGAAAACUUUAUGCUGAAAUAGCCACGCUGUGACUACAACUGUGUAGGACAUUUUUCAAAAUCAUCUAUUUUUAACUUAAUCUUGCUAUUCUAUUUCACUAUAAUUUGGGUUUGAAUAAAUCUUCCUGUUGUCGGGAAAAUGUUGUAACAUUCUUUUGAAAUACUGAUUUAAUAUAAAAAAAAAUAAAAAAUGUGGAAAUGUAAUAUCUCAAUUUUAACCUAUUUAUAUUCCAUUCUUAGGCCUUUACAGCAUCCAGCAUCCUCCGCACACACAUCAGACAACACUCUGGUGAGAAGCCUUUCAAGUGCAAACAUUGUGGCAAGGCUUUUGCAUCACAUGCAGCUCACGACAGCCACGUGCGACGCACACACAACAAGGACAAGCUCUCCACAUGCACAGUGUGUGGCAAAACGUUUCUAGAACCCGACCAGUUCCGAUAUCACAUGCAAAUUCACUCUGGACUCUAG